UUACAAGACAUAGUUUUAGUUCAGAGGUUCAAAGCGUUACAUGAACUGUCAAAAUGUUCACGUUCAACUUGUUAUCAUCCUAUUUAGGUUUAUUCUGCAGAUCUGAAGAUACAGCAUGGGUUAUAGGGCUCGCCUGAAUCUUCAGGGAUAUAAAAGUUAAAAUAAUGAAAUUGAUUAUUUCUCUAUUUAGUCAUGAUUUAGACAUGAGAAGAAGCUUCAAGGGUAGGGUUGACUUGUACAACAUAGUCGUCUGUAAUCAUUGUCCUUACUACAAGCAUUGUUCCAUCUUCAGCCACCAAGCAAUAGUUAAUAAGGCAAAUGUUAACUUCUUUGAAGUAUUUGAUGAGUGGAAAGUAGAUGAAUAGUUCUUCUUUUGUUAAAAAAAAAUAUAUAUAUCUUCACUUGAAAAGGUUUUUCGAAAAGUGAAUCAACAUAGUCACCCAGCCUUUAUUGUUUAUAAUAAUGUUAUCUUCUUUCGUUAAUGGUUUACAGGGUCACACAAUGAACUGUUUAAAUGUAAUAUUCACAUGGUUGUCAUCCCGUUUAGGUUUAAUCCAAAAAUUUGAAGAUACGACAAUAGGGCUGACCUGAAUCACCAGGGAUGUAAAAAUUAAAAUAAUAUAAUUGAUGUCCUUGUUUAGGCGUGAUUUAUUCAUUUGAAGAUGAACUAAGAGUAGGGCUGACUUGUACAUAUCUAUUUUAUAAUCGUCUGAAAUGUUACAAAAUUGCUCCAUCUUUUUUUUUGCCUUAUGGUCUAGCAUAUUGGCCAAAUCUCUAAUUGCUCCAUCUUCAGUCAUCAAAUAAUAGUUGAUAUGACAAAUAUAUUUCUUUGGGAUUUUAGUGCCCAAACAUAUUGCAUGAUAGGAUGUUGAAAAAUUUUCUAUGGAAAAUUAAAGAAUAGUUUAGCAAUAUUAACUGUUAUAUAAAUUACAUCAAAUGAAGCUUUUGAUUGAACUUUUGGUAGUGUCGGGCAUUAUGAUUGAUUCAUCAACCAAUUUGGCACUUUAUUCAAAAAUAAGUGUUUUUCAAAUGGCAAAACUAUUUUUUUAUCUGGCUAUUUCAAUUAAUUCGAAUAAUUUGGAUCGGGCCGUUUCUCGCGCCUGUGCCACGUCGAGUGCGAGCGGGGGUUUCUCAACGAAUCGUCAACAAACCAAAACAAUCAGGUCGGACUUAACGGAUGAGGAUUGAGGAUUGAGGAGGGCGAUGCUGACACGGACGGCGAACAAGUAGGAGUCGCAUGACAGAUGAAAACCGUGAGCGUGGCUCUUGUGAUAUGUCUCAACGUUGGCGUGGAUCCACCUGACAUCGUGAAAACGCAGCCAUGUGCCCGUUUGGAGUGUUGGAUAGAUCCGAUGUUAAUGAGCCCUCAAAAGUCGUUGGAGGCCAUCGGAGCCAACUUGCAGAAGCAGUACGAGAGGUGGCAGCCCAGGGCUAGAUACAAGCAGAGCCUCGAUCCCACUGUCGAGGAAGUCAAGAAACUUUGUACAUCGCUUAGAAGGAACGCAAAGGAAGAGCGAGUCCUUUUUCACUACAACGGCCAUGGUGUACCCAAGCCUACCACAAACGGCGAAAUUUGGGUUUUUAACAGGCAAUACACGCAAUAUAUACCACUUUCGAUAUAUGAUUUACAAAGUUGGAUGGGAGCUCCAUCGAUUUACGUUUACGACUGCUCCAAUGCAGGUGUUAUUGUAGAUUUAUUUAAACAAUUUGCAGACCAGCAUGAAAAAGAUUAUGAGCAAAAUGCACAAGCAAGAAUAGCCUCUCCUCCACCAAAUUUUAGAAAUUGCAUUCAGCUUGCUGCUUGCUCUGCAGAUCAGAUCCUUCCGAUGAAUCCUGAUCUGCCUGCCGAUUUAUUCACAUCUUGCCUUACAACUCCGAUAAAAAUUGCCCUUAGAUGGUUCGUUAUGCAAAACAAUACUUGUCUAGUCCCAAAAAUAAGUUUAGAAGCAAUCGAUAAAAUUCCUGGUCAGUUAAAUGAUAGGCGAACAAUGUUAGGAGAGUUAAAUUGGAUCUUUACAGCUAUUACUGAUACAAUUGCCUGGAAUACAUUACCAAGAGAUCUGUUUCAGAAACUAUUUCGUCAAGACUUGUUGGUGGCAUCACUUUUCAGAAAUUUUUUAUUAGCAGAAAGGAUAAUGAGAUCAUACGGCUGUUGUCCUGUCUCUUCACCAGCUUUGCCUUCUAUGUACCAGCAUCCGAUGUGGCAGGCUUGGGAUCUCGCAGUUGACUUAUGCUUGGCCCAGUUGCUACAAGUCGUCGAGUCAGAGGACAAUUUUGUCCACUCGCCCUUUUUUGAAGAACAGCUCACUGCUUUCCAAGUUUGGCUGACACUCGGCUCCGAAACAAAAAGCCCUCCGGAACAGCUGCCUAUUGUUCUUCAAGUAGUCCUUUUGAGCCAAGUGCACAGAUUGAGGGCAUUGGAAUUGCUGGGUAAAUUCCUUGACCUCGGGCCUUGGGCUGUCAACCUAGCGCUGUCUGUCGGCAUUUUUCCGUAUGUGCUCAAGCUGCUUCAAUCUUCAGCUAAAGAAUUAAGGCCGCUCCUUGUGUUUAUUUGGGCGAAGAUUUUAGCAGUUGAUAGUACUUGUCAGACUGAUUUAGUAAGAGACAACGGUCAUAGAUAUUUUCUCUCAGUUUUACAAGAUACGGGGAUGCCGAGUGAGGAGCGUACGUUGGCAGCUUUUGUCCUGGCCUGCAUGGUUGACGAUUACCCAGGCGGCCAAGAAGCCGCAAUGCAAGGAUCUCUCGUGUCGAUAUGUCUGGACCAACUUGAAGAUGAAAGUGAUCUGCUAAGACAAUGGUUGGCGAUUGCAUUGGGCAGGCUUUGGAGACGGUACGAUAAAGCAAGAUGGUGUGGAGUGCGGGAUUCAGCACAUGAAAAACUCUAUCGUCUACUAAAAGAUCCUGUCCCUGAGGUGAGAGCAGCUUCAGUGUUCGCCUUGGGUACUUUUAUCGAUUCAGUUUCCGAGAGAAGUAUGCAUGCGAACAAUAUUGACCACAGUGUGGCUAUGACAUUAUUGAACACAGUUGCAAAAGAUAUGAGUCCUUUGGUCAGAAAGGAAUUGGUUGUAGCAUUACAAAAUAUGGUUUUAGUAUUUGAAAACUCGUUUUUAUCAAUUGCAAUGCAAGAAUUAAGAGAUGGUGCUCAAAUCAUGCUAGGGAAAGAUGUUAUGCUUUCUCCUGGUGGAAGUCUUAAAAGGAAUUCAUCACGCGAUCGUCUCAUGAAGGCUUUGACACCUUCCCUCAGCAACAAUUACAAUACGAUAACAGGAGUUAUGGCAAUGCCUGUGACUCAUUCAGAUCUUGACGGGUCUUUUGAAAGGCUUAAACGAGUCUCUUCUUCAUCCUCGAUUUCAUCGCUUGCGACUAACACGACAGUGAAUUCUCCCGGUCCGCCUGCCGUCCCGUUCGGGUCGGCUUACCAGAAAGUCUGGGUGGGCUUGACAUCCCUUGACGUCGACCCUUUCCCUGGGGUGUCCAACCUCUCAAGAUCGGUUACAGAUCACAUAAGAGAUCAGGUAUGUGCUUGGCCAGGGCAGUCGAGUCCACCUCAUUCAUCAGGAGCUUGGGGAGUCUCCCUCUCCAUGAGCCAUCUCACUGCUAAGGAGUCCACAUCUCCAAGGGAGGUGACAGAAGUGAAAGCAAGUUCUUUGCCACCUUCACCUUCAAACCGUUCCUACCUCAAUAGUGAAUCACCUCCACCUAUCAGUACAAAUUCAAGGGAAAAAUUAGGGAUAAAUCGUUCAGUUCAACUCACGCCUAGAUCGAAGAAGCCGCUUCCGAACACGAUAAAUGAAGAUGCCGUUGAAGAAAGUACGAAUGGGAGAAAAACUCUUGUUUCAACACAGUUUGUUGAUUGGAGCUGUAAAUAUUUUGCCCAGCCUAUUAAGGGCGAUUGUAUAGAUGCAGACGUAGAAAGUACGUUACACUAUCAGAGAGAAUGGAGGUUUUUGAGAAAUGCCGAAUUAAGACGAGAAGCGAAAGAAGAGCAAGUUAGGUUAUUCUCGUCAAAACUUGAGACACAGCUGUUUUACACGAGGUGUAGCGCCCAACCAAUCUCUGUGAAAUUCCACCCCUACGAGCCACAUUUAGCCAUAGCAUACAAAGACACAUUCACGAUAUGGGAUUACCAAAAUUCUGCCAAAGUUGUUACUGUACGAGGCGAGAGGAGCAUGGGAACGAACGGACGAAAGGUGACCUGCCUUGAAUACAUCAACGCCCACGAUGUAUCAUUGAUGGCCACCGGGAGUGAUGACGGUGCAGUCAGGAUAUGGAAGCAUGACGGCAGCCUGUUAACGGCAUGGCAAGCGAUGCCUCAACCUCAACAUAGUGUAUCAAAAUCUCAUCAUAAUGCUUAUAGUUCAAGUAUUACCCCUGGGAUUGGGGUUUUAGGUUGGGAUCAAACCAGGCUGAACUUCAUUAUUGGCGGUGACUCAAGAUCUCUUAAAAUAUGGGAUGCAAAUGCCGAAUUAUCACUCUCAGAUAUUCCUACUGGAGCUGAUGCCCCUGUUACUUCAAUUUCUAUUGAUCCUUCAGGAGGAUAUAAAAUGAGUAUAGGCUGUGCAGAUGGCACAGUAAGGCUGUUCGAUCGAAGGUUGUCACCUCAUGAAGCCAGGAUAAUGACAUACCGAGAACAUUCGGCCCGAAUAGUUAACGUCCAGUUGUCUCAUGAUUCAACAUCUCUUCUUUCUGGAAGCACUGCAGGGGAUGUGAGAAUAUUUGACACAAGGAAGCACACAGCAUCCCUCGCCUGUCAGUCAUCACAAGGGCAGGGUCUUAAAGCGAUGGCUGUCCACACCCCUGCUGAGAUAUUUGCCUGUGGUUCGGUGAAUCAGAUAAGCCUUUACAAAUGGUCGGGUGCUCCACUUUACAUUAUAAAAUCUGUAGCACACGAGUGGUUCUCUUCUUCCAAGUUUGGCCCAGUCGGUUGUCUUUCUUUUCAUCCUUACAAAGCUCUUCUCGCUGCAGGAUCAGCAGAUAGCACGUUAUCAGUUUACUCAUUGGAUCCUCGAAGAUGACGGACGGGUAACUAGCUUUCAACAUCUAAACUCUUGCUUGCCUGACAAUGGGCUUGGUACCUAGAUCCAUUCACAUAUUUUUGAAUUAGUUAAUGUUAUUUAAAGAAAAAAAAUGUAUGGUAAAUAAUUGUAUAUGUGUCUAUAUGUAUAUAUUAUAUGUAUGAUUUAAAAAAAAUUGUGAUCUCUUUAGUGCUAAAUAUAACCAAAAACUGUUAAUGUAUAAAAAAUGCGUUGUACAAAGAUUUUGCUAGAAUUUAUUGCUUAUCGUGUUAUAAAUUGAAGCCAUAUUUUUAAAUUAUGUACUAUUCAAAAUUUGUACAUACAAUUUUACAGUCAAGUUUUCACUAUAAUUUUGUGUACAUAUUUGUGUUUUAUACAGACUGAUAUUUAUUUUUUAAGUUAUUUAUUGAUAAAGAAGAGGUUAUUUCUACUUUAUUUUCUCAGUUGUAAAUAAAUAAUUGAAAUUUAGCGAAGACUGCUACUGUUGAUAUAUUAUUAACUUGAAGGAUGAAAUGUGUAAAAGAAUAUUAUAAAUAUGUUAAUAAUUGUUAAGGCAAUCUUAAAUUAAUUAAUUAAUUAAAAAAUGGUUUAAGGGUGCAAACUCUAGUCUAGCUUUUGGUCUAAUAUUUGCUGUGCAUCACCAAAUCUGAACAGGAAAUUACUUUCAGAAAUAAAAGCUAGUGCCAUAGGUGCUUUCUUUUAUGUAAUUAAUAAAAUUGUUCUGAAUAACGAAUAAGUAAAUGCUUUUGGUGUAUGUAAAAAGGUCUCAGGAUAUUGUUGCAAUGAAUUGGAACAAUUUUCAAGCAAGAGUUGAACAAGAUUUAGCUAAUUUAUUAAUUAACUUGAUAUUUUAUUUUUUUAAUUUAGUGAGAACAAAAAUACUAUGUAAAAAGUUGAAUAAAAACCCAAUUAUCAUGAGUAAGCGAAAUUAUUUUUGUACUAUUGAUAUGAAUAUUAUUUAAUAUAGCUUUUCUUUCCUCUCCUCAA